AACACCAGUCACUGCUCUUACCGAAGGGGGACAAAGCCUCAAACGUUGGAUAUCUGCAUAAUCAGCCUUGGAAUUUGGCAUUAAUCAUCCCCUGCUGAUAGCAGAUUCCACAGGAAAUCCAUCCCCCACCCACCCCUCAGUGAGCCAGGAACACACAAAUACAUGACACUUCUUGAUACAAAGGGUUUCCAGUUUCCAAACCUGAUGUGAUCUCCCGGCUGGAAAGAGGGGAAGAGCUGUGGGUCCCAGAUCUUCAGGGCUCUGAAGAAAGAGGGCUCCAGAAAGGUGCCCAGACAGCACAGGGAGUGACAUAUGUCUGGAUUCUCUCUCUGUCCUUCCAGGAGAUGGGAUGGUGAGUGAGAACAAUGAGUAUUCCCAGCAGGAAGAUGCUGAGCAACUGGAACCACAUGGGACAUUAGCAGGAAGAUGCAAAGAGAAAGUUUCUGGGAGCUGUGGAGAGGCAAAAGCCUGUGAGAAUCAGCAUAGGCCAGAGAAAAGCUUCAGUAGUGGCUCAGACCUUAUUCGACAUGAAAGAAUUAAUAUGGGAAAGAGACCUUACACAUGCUCUGAGUGUGGGAAAAGCUUUAGACAGAGCUCAACCCUCAUCACACAUUACAGAGUUCACACUGGAGAGAGGCCGUACAUAUGCCCUGAAUGUGGGAAAAGCUUCAGUCAUGGCUCAGCCCUUAUCACACAUCAGAGAAUCCACACUGGAGAGAUGCCCUACACAUGCCCUGAAUGUGGGAAAAGCUUCAAUCACAGUUCAAAUCUCAUCAAACAUCGAAGAAUCCACACAGGAGAGACACCCUACACAUGCUCUGAGUGUGGGAGAAAUUUCUGUCGGAGUUCAGCCCUUAUCACACAUCAGAGAAUCCACACGGGUGAGACACCCUAUUCGUGCGCCGAGUGCAAGAAAACCUUCAGUGAGAGUUCAGACCUUAUUAGGCAUUGGAUAAUCCACACAGGGGAGAAACCCUACACAUGCCCUGAGUGUGGGAAAAGCUUCAACCACAGCUCAAACCUGAUCACACAUCGGAGAAUCCACACUGGAGAGACACCCUACACCUGCCUUGAGUGCGGGAAAAGCUUCAGCCAGAGCUCACACCUCAUCACACAUCAGAGAAUCCACACGGGAGAGCGACCCUACACAUGUUCUGAGUGCGGGAAAAGCUUCUGUCGAAGCUCAAACCUCAUCACACAUCAGAGAAUCCAUGUAGGGAAGACACUCUGCUCAUGCUCUGAGUGUGGGAAAAGCUUCAGUCGGAGCUCAGCCCUUAUUAGUCAUCAGCGAAUCCAUAGAGGAGUGACAAACUACACAUGCCCUGAGUGCGGGAAAAGCUUCAACCGGAGCUCACACCUCAUCACACAUCGGAGAAUCCACACGGGAGAGAAACCCUACACGUGCUCUGAGUGUGGGAAAAGCUUCAGUCGGAACUCAAAUCUGAUCACACAUCAGAGAGUCCACACUGGAGAGACACCCUACACAUGCUCUGAGUGCGGGAAAAGCUUUAGUCAGAGCUCAACCCUCAUCACACAUCAGAGAAUCCACACAGGAGAGAGACCCUUCAAGUGCCCUGAGUGCGGGAAGAGUUUUAGUCAGAGCUCAACUUUUAUCAAACAUAAGAGAAUCCACAUAGGCGAGUAAUGCCAUAAAUGUCUUGACUAGGGCUAGCCAAAGAUUUUUUGUAAAAUACAUUAGCGAAUUCCCACAUAGUUUGCACCAUUUUCUUCAGUGUGGUGUCUCAGCUCCACAUGAGUUGCCUGCCUCUAUUUUGCACCUUCCCCUUCUUUGGGGUGAUUUUCAUGAUCCUUUAUAUCAACUCCUUUGUCUUUGGGAGUGUCUUCCUCCUCCCAGAAAUAUCCAUCAGCGCCAGGUGGGGGAGAUGGGUUGACCUUGACUAGCUACACUGAGGUAAAAGCUACCUGUGCCUUGUCUCCACUGGGAUUCUACAUGGAGGUAGCUGCUCAGCUUAGCGAUCUUCUUGUAACAACAAAAGUACAUUUGCAGUGCAGACAUAACCCGGGUACAGUGGCUGGAGUUAGCUUUCCCCUUGACCUGAGCUCACCUCCAUCAUUUUUCCUAGUCUAGACAAACCCCAAGGAUCACGUUGAUACCAUUCCCCCAUUACAAAGUGAUUGUUAGUCACCGUGUUCCCCCUUGGGGACAGAUUGUCUCAAUUCCUGUUGUUCUCACCUUGCUCAGGGUUAUGCUGGACAGAAGUAUUUUUUCUACCAUUUUCCUCAAUUAAAAUAGAUUGAAAUAGAACAAGGAGCGGGGUGGGGUGGGGUGAAAUGUGUAAUUUCAGUCUCUGUGAUACCUAAAGGAGAUGGGGUGUGUCAAAGGGAUUCCCUCCUUCCCCAUCACUGUCACAAUCACCCCUCAGCCCAGCAGCAUUAGCUUCUGUGUAAGGCACAAUAGCGUUUAUCCUCCCCACCUUCUACCCCUGCACCUCCCAGUGUGUCAUGUGAUGCCAUGUUCUGUGUUCACCCUGUGCUUAGGUGUCACGCUUUGAUCGUAAAUCAGAUUCACUGGGGCUAGAGAUGAAAGUGUCACAGGCCUGGAAGGGGGAUUUGAUGGAUUCCAAACACAGAGUAGUCAUUCUGUGCUUUCAUUUCUGCUUCCAUCUAUUGGCAAAGCUGCUUCUGGGCUUUUUCCUGGGGAUUGUUUGCAGAUGGGAAAGUCAGCUGCAUUUCCCUCUUGUGAUGAAGCUUAAAUCUUUUGUCACCCAGUGACAUUAAUAAUGAGGUGGCACUGGGUGAAGAAAGUUUGAAUGGACCAGAGGAGAAUGCAAUGGGAGAAUCUGUUUUGAUUUAUCAGAUAUAACCUGCUCUGGAAAUUCAUUUUAUAUGAAACUGAAGGUGUUUUAAAGCCCUCUGUAUUGUGAGUUUUUCCUCUUUCCUGAAGAUGGUUUGGUCUCACAAUUAGAUAUUACAUUUGUUUGACAGAAUUUACCUCUGAUUUACUGAGGAUUUUGAGACAGAUGACCAUUUGGUACAACAGAAUUUCUUUUAUUUGUGGCUGCUCCUCACCCCUCAUGAUGACAGGGAGGAAGUUCAAAUGCAGUUCAGUCAUUGGGAGAGAAUGCUCCAAGUUACUGGGCACGGUACCAAGGAAACAGUAGUGUUUUAAAAUUUCUACUUUGAAGUGGGAACAACAGCAUACCACAAAUUGUGCAACUUACUCAAGUAACUGGACACGAGCAUACUUGUUGUGGAUGCAAUAUAAAUUUAUAACAAGAGAUGUCCAAUGACUAGGCUUAAUCAAUGUAUUAAUUAAGGAUUAUUAGUCAAAGAUUAAUACAUCAUAAUACAAAAAGGAAGAGUGCCUAGGUUACCAAUCCCUCUGGAAGACCAGAUUGCAGAGCUCACACUGUCUCAAAGAUCCUGUGCUUAUCCCUUCUCUAAUUGUACCUAUCUGGGGGGGAGUUUCACAAUUUUCCCCAUAUCAUUUUAUCGGAUACAUCUUUCUUCUCUGUUUUCUGUGGCAUGUUUUUCAUAGGCAGUGAUUGUUGCACUUUCUAUGUGAGGGAUAUAUUGUAAUUUUCAACAUGGCAUAUAUUUUACAUUUUGACAAUUAUGUAGACCUUACACAUUGAACAAAAACAGAGAGGCAUGUACACAAGACAAGAAUUUUGAUUUGAACAUU